AUGAAUCAGACGUUAAAUUCAAAUAAUCCCAAAGAAUCAUUACAAAUGCUUGAUAUCAACGGGUUACAAACACCGUGUGAAGUUAAUCCUGAUCUUACAAAACCAUUGGUUUUAUUUCUUAAUUCGAGAAAAGAGGUGCUCUCUUCAGCGCCGACAUCACCGAACAGCAGUGAAGAUGAAACCCCCGGACCAAUGAAUACAGUCAAGUUUCGUUAUACAAAAGAUUCAAGAAAAUGUCUCACGAAAAUUCCUUCACAAACCAACUGGCGUAAACGUCGUGGCAUGACAUUACGCUGUGGUCCAUUCUUUAGUCGUACACAUAAUGGUCUACUGAAUUCACCCUACCAAUCAGAUGUUAGCCAAUCAGCUCCAAGUAGUCCAACAAUCGAUACAUAUGAAACAUUACCACUGGUUCCAAAUGCGGCAUCGAUUGCCCGAGUUCCCGUCAACUUGCAUUCAACUGAUGCGAAUCAGAUGAAUACCAUGGCAACAGCAGCAGCAACAACAACAACAACGUAUAAUAGUUCCUUUCACAAGAAUUAUGCACAUAAUCCAUGUGAACAAAUCAUCCCUGGUACAGUUCUCAACUCAGGUGAUUCAGACAGACAAUCGGAGACAAUGCUACUGUGUUUAAUGCAACGUCUUGGAGUACAAUCCGUUUGGCCGUGUUUAUUAGAACAUGGUGUUGCAGAUGUAAAACGAUUAAGUCGGCUGACUAGAAAUGAACUAAUUGAAAUGGGUGUAACAGAUGCUGAGACUAGAGCAACACUGAUGACUGCGGCUCAAUUAUUAACUGAUUCAUGGUUAAAUCCUUCUUUAUUUCAUAAAACUCUGAAUAAACCAAUUGAAAAGAAUUCAACCGAUCUAUCUGAUCCACAGAAUAUACAGGAUUCUGGUAUAUCAAGUGGAACAGAUAUUGGUAGUUCAUAUCUAUCCUACAAACCUCAAACUAUGGGAGUUUUCAAGCAUCCUAUUGAGCCAACAUCAUCAGCGGCAGUGCCAACAGCAGGUCAUUUUCAAGCAGUUACAUCUAAUGAACCCCAAUAUUCAGAACCAAAUCAACAAAGAUGGAAUUUUGGCCGUAAACAAUGUAAUACAGCUCAAAAUUCACCAGCUAGAAUGAAUCCCUACGAAGAUAUGAAAGCAUAUAAACAUGUUUCACAAACACUACAUCCUAGCCAUCAAAUUGUUUGCAUGAAUUCAACGGAUAAGACAUUUCAUCAAAAUACAUCGAAUGCAUCCAAUGAAAUUCAGUGUCAAACAAAACACCCUGUAAGUAUCCUACGAAAUGGACGAUUACCAAGAGACAACCAUCCAGAAGCUAGAUGUUCUGACAGUAUGAAACGUUCUUCAUCAACAACACCAAAAACUGUAAAAAUUGAUGAAAGAUUCCUAUCCUCACCAAGACAACAGAAACAACAACAACAGAUACAAGAAUCGAAUCUAUCAAACUAUCAUCAAAUACCGAUCCAAUUGGCCUCACCACUCCCACCAUCCAUUGCUUCAACACAAGGUUAUUUUGUACAGUAUUCACAGCCAACUCAUCCACCAUCACUUCCACUUCCACCUACACCAUCCUAUCAACAGUAUCAUCCAUCUCAACCUCAACUUCAGCCUCAGCCACCUCAGCCACCUCAACUGCCUCAACCUUAUCAUAAUCAUCCCCAGCAUCAUCAACAACAGCAAAUAUCUAAUUCUAUGCAAUCCAUGGGGCAUGAUAAUACAAGAAAUAUUUAUAUUCAACAUAUACAUUUAGCUAGACAUAUGUUAAAGAAGAAAUUGAAAGCAGAAGGUAUUGAUCUUACUCAACCGCCUUAUUCAGAUGAAACUGGUAGAGCAAAUAUUCCAUUACGUUUAAUUCAACGGUAUUCAUUUGAAACAAAUUUGGAUUUGAUGACUGUUGCAAUGGCAAUAGAGGCUGAAAGAGAUACGACAUUGAGAGAAAUGCGACGACCUGUGUGGCAUUUAGUGUGUUCUUCUUCUCAUGUUCCAGAGUAUCCAGUGUUUUGGUGUACUUUAUCAUUAGAGUGUAUUAUUGGUGAAUUAGAUACAAACGGUUGUAAAAGCUUAUCUUCAAAAUCUACAUCAGGUGAUCGACGAAAAUCUCUCAGAAACUAUGUAAAAAUUGAUUCACAGUAUGAAAUUGUUAUGAGGUCGUCUACUGAAUUCAAUUUCCAGAAGGGUCAUUCUGAGCCAAGAAGUAUACAAUUCACAAAAUAUGACAUCUUGAACAUCGUAAAUGUGUUACUUACAUCUAGAACAAUAUUCUUCUCAAUUGAAUUUAUAAUGAUAAAUGCAGCUAAUGAUACGACAGGUCGUCAAACACUCAUAUCAAUUACUGAGAAACCCUCAAAGCUAAUCUUAUUCAAGCUAUCUAUUCAAAAUCGAAAUUCUCACAAAUUUAUUCAAGCUACAAUGAUCAGUCAACAUAAAUUUACAACAAGGUAUAAAAGUCAUCCAAUUGAAUUGAAUCCUAAUCAAUGGUAUAAAUUAACCUUGAGCAUUGAAGGUUUGCACAAGAUUGACCUUCAAGUGAAUUGUCAACCAAUAGCAUUUGAUAUUAUUACUCGUAGACGAUCAAUAAUAAGUUUUAACCAAUGGAAACCGCUGAGAAUGCGCCGCAUACAUUUGAAUGAUAAAUAUUGGUUAUUGGCGAGAAAAUAUGUUGGAUUUCUUGGUCAAUCGAAUGAACAUAAGGAAUAUUGGAAGGGUUCCAUUCGAAAUUUCAUGUUAACAUCCAAUCAAGACGUAAUUAAAUCUGAAUUAUCACAGUGUCCAUCAUGGAUAUUAUCAAAAUCGUUGAACAGAGAUUCGCCUAUACUAGUUGGUGUUUCAAAUCUACCUCAUAUGCGGAGUCAAUCUACGACUGGUUUUGGAAAUGAAUAUAUUUCACCUCUUAAUAAAAUGGAUGCACCAAGUAAAUUUACAAGUACAAUCAAUGAGCUAUACAGUAUGUUGAAUAUACAAAAACAAGCUAUUGAAAGUUUAAUGCAACAGGUGUCUGAAUUAAACAUGAAAGUUGCAUCCCGUGAACAAUGUCUUUGUAUUCCAAACUGUGGAAAAUCUCCAAAUGGGAUACCCUAUUUGAUUGGCAAUACAUGGAAACCUGAUGCAUGCAGUGAAUGUGAAUGUACUUUAGCAGGUGCGUUAUGUACUCAGAAAAAGUGUCCCAUAUUGAAUUGUACAAAUUCUAUUAGACUACAGGAUGAAUGCUGUCCGCAUUGCCCAGCUAACUGUCAUUUCAUGGGUCAAGUAUAUCCUCAUGGAGAAAGUUUACUGCGAGGUUGUAUUCAGUGUGUAUGCAUGAAUGGUACAAUGAAAUGUCGUGAAAUCAAUCAAACUUCAUACUGUCCACCACUGAAUUGUAGUCAAAGUGAACAAAUUCAACCAGCUGAUAGCUGCUGUAAAAUAUGUCGUAAGAUUAAUGUUUGCGCCCACAAAAAUAAUAAAUGUCAUCCACUGGCAAAAUGUAUCCAAAAUGGUAUGGCAUAUCGCUGUGAAUGUCCCACCGGUUAUUCCGGAUCUGGUGAUCUUAUCACUGGCUGUACACCUGAAUGUAGGAAUAACUGUUCCAGUCACGGUGUCUGUAUUGAACCUAACAAGUGUCAGUGUUAUCCAGGAUUUGGUGGCAAUGAAUGUGAUUAUGAUUUGAACGAAUGUAACAUGAAGUUGAAUUUAUGCUCAGAGAAUUCAACCUGUCUCAACUUACCCGGUUCAUAUACUUGUGUAUGUCAGGAUGGAUUUGAAUCAACUGCCUGGAGUCAAAUAAACAAGUUAAAUACAACUGGAUCAAUAAAUAAUACUUUUACUAAUAAUAAUGUGUCAUACCAUCAAAAAUCAGGCAGUUCUACUGGAUACAUGUGUCAAAGGGUUUCUUUGUGUUCUGGUUAUCAAGGCAUUUAUCUUACUUGUCCAAACGCCACAUAUUGUGGUGACAGCCAAGGGAAGUACAUGUGCAAACCGUCAGUUUCAAGUAACGGGCGAAGUGAAACGGUAGAAAGAAUCAAUUCAACAGUGUAUAGUACGUCCUGUUCAGUUGGUUACCAUGGAAUGUACAGUAAUCAGUCAGUGAACACAUUGAAUGAAAUUCCUAGUGAUCAAUUCAAACAAUUAAUUUAUUCUACUGAUAAUCGUGAGAACAGCCUAUUGUGUUAUUGUCAGUCAGGUCAACUUGAAUGUAUCCGGCAUCCAGACUAUUCGUUAUUUGUGUUAAUUCAAUCAAUUUCAACGAACCCUUGUAUAUAA